UUACCCAUUUUGUACAGUAGGUGGCAGCACACAGUCGGGAAACUUUUCUGCAAGGCGAGGAUGACAGCUGAAAUGUCGAGUGUCAUGCAGCCACAGGGAAACGAGUGGUCACAGCAGACGGUCGAAGAACAGAUGGGUCAGAAGAUGAGCUCAGAGAGUCUGACUCGCUCUGAGGUGUUUGGGCAGCUCAGGAGGGAGCUUUACGGGGAGGAGCGGUCAAGUCAUUCCAAUACACACUUAUUCAUCAUACUGGGAGCAUCUGGAGAUCUUGCUAAAAAGAAGAUCUAUCCAACCUUAUGGUGGUUAUUCAGAGACGGCCUUCUUCCAGACAACACGUUUUUUGUGGGUUUUGCUCGGUCCAGCUUGACUGUAGAGGACAUCAAGGCAGCAUGUCUGCCCCACAUGAAGGUCAGUGAUGAAGAAAGCGACUACCUAUCAGCCUUCUUCAGUAAAAACUCCUACCUGAGUGGCAGGUAUGAUGACGGCAGCUCCUUCGACCAACUCAGCAAACAUCUGUCAUCUCUCCCUGGGGGCGCCAACGCUAAUAGACUUUUCUACCUGGCUCUACCACCGACUGUCUACCAUCAUGUCAGCAAAAACAUCAGAACCCACUGCAUGAGCCUCAAAGGUUGGAACAGGGUAAUUGUCGAGAAGCCCUUUGGUCGUGACCUCCAGAGUUCACAGGAACUGUCAACCCACCUGUCGUCCCUGUUUACAGAGAACCAGAUCUACCGCAUAGAUCACUACCUGGGAAAAGAGAUGGUCCAGAACCUCAUGGUGCUCAGGUUUGGAAAUCGCAUUUUUGGACCCAUAUGGAACAGGAACAGUGUGGCCUGUGUGGUUCUCACCUUCAAGGAGCCUUUUGGCACUCAGGGCCGUGGAGGAUACUUUGAUGACUUUGGUAUUAUUCGAGAUGUCAUGCAGAACCAUCUUCUCCAGAUGCUCUGUUUGGUUGCAAUGGAGAAACCUCCUUCUACCAGUCCAGAUGACGUGAGGGAUGAGAAGGUGAAGGUGUUGAAGUGUAUACCUCCUGUUGAAGUAUCAGAUGUUGUGCUUGGCCAGUAUGUCGGAGAUCCUGAAGGGGAAGGUCAAUCCAGACUGGGAUACCUUGAUGAUCCCACGGUGCCCAAAGACUCCUGGACACCAACUUUUGCAACAGCAGUCCUGCAUGUCCAGAAUGAGAGAUGGGAUGGAGUUCCUUUUAUUCUGCGCUGUGGUAAAGCACUAAAUGAGCGGAAAGCAGAAGUACGUCUGCAGUUUACUGACGUGCCGGGAGACAUUUUUGGUGAUUGCUGUCAGAGGAAUGAGCUGGUGGUGCGGGUGCAGCCAGAUGAAGCCAUUUACUUAAAAAUGAUGACCAAGAGGCCUGGAGUUUACUUCAAUCCAGAGGAGACUGAGCUGGAUCUCACCUACAAGAGUCGAUACAAGGAUGUGAAGCUCCCAGAUGCUUAUGAAAGACUCAUACUGGAUGUCUUCUGUGGAAAUCAAAUGCAUUUUGUUCGCAGUGAUGAGUUACGGGAGGCCUGGAGGAUCUUCACCCCCCUCCUCCACCAAGUAGAGAAAGAGAAGCCACGCCCCAUUCCCUACACAUAUGGAAGUCGUGGUCCAAGAGAAGCAGACGAUCUCCUGAAGAGAGUGGGAUUUCGCUAUGAGGGAACAUACAAGUGGGUGCAGCCCCACACCGCUUAAUUCUUUCUGUCUCACAAUCAAGUACUUGAGAAAAGAUUGUAAACAAACAAUCAAGUUUACUGCAGUCACUGCUGCACUUGAUUGAUUUCUGCAUGCACAGAAGAAAGCACUGCUUUUCAUGACUAAUUAUGACAGCAGAGAUUAAAACAAGCUGUAACAGUCUGAUUUUGAUGUAAAUCUGGUAUUUCUAAAUAAAUCAUCAUUCACUCUUUUACUUGCAAUUUUUUUUAAAAGCAUUGCAAAUAUCUGUAUUCCUACGACCUUUGGACAUUGUGGACAUGGAAAAUCUACAACCUUUAUGGUAUCUUAUAGAUACUAGUAUAGGAUAAUUAUUUACUGGCUGUGCCAUUUAACUCUUAAGAAUUCAAGAGUGUUCACUGUAUUGUAAGGCCUUUGUUUACAACUGUCACUAAUGCCCAAUGGGAGUCAUAAACAGACCCAUGUAUACCAGAAGGACCUGCUGGCCUGGUUCGUAACAACAGGAGCCUCUUUUAGUAUCAGUCAUGCAGGAAACGCAUUUAAAUGUCUGGCGUCGGUAAGAACAACUCUCAGGUAUGUUCUAAUCUAAACUAAGAACUCUCUUACUAACAUGUUAAUCUCUUACAAUGCAUAAACAUGUUUUCAAAUGGCUUUAUAUUUUUCUAUUUCUAUCAGCAGUUUUCACCAGAUUGAUUCUGGUUCUUGUACUUUGUCUCUGCCAGGUUCAAGGCCUAACUGGAACUGCAUGCACAGUUUCUUUAAUAUCAGUAAUAGACCAUUAAGUGAUCCUGCCAGUACUUUGAAGUGCAGCAAGAACAAACAUCUUUUUAAACAACUAUUUGUGGUUUCUUGUGACAACCUAUUGAAGUAAUGAUUUUAAUGGGCCAUAUAUGUUUGUAAAUUGUCAUGCAUUUCAUAGAUUUGUGUGAAGCUAGAAAAUUGUUCACUGAUAAUGUAGAACCAG